UAUAAACCAAACCGCACUAACAAGAAGCGAAACGAACUAACUACCUUGUAGAUGGAUGAGUCUGAGAGCACGCCCGAGCUCAUUAUGUCCGACCGGGUCACCGUCAACGGAACCAUUACCGAGUUGACUCUAACUGCAGACGGAAAGCUCCAGUGGACGGAGAGAGGUCAACGGUGUUUGACCAUCGAAAAGGAGGUGCUUGGAUUUGUAAUUGAGGGAGCUAAAAUAAGGAUCAAGGCUAUUGUGGAUAGCGGAGAUGGCAUCUGCUGUGGAGGCAGUAAGGGAGCUCUGGUGAGGAAGGAUUUCGUAUUCCAGUCUCUGCAUGAGGACUCGCCGAGAGUUUGGUGCCAUCGUCUCCGCGAUUACAUCGACUCUCUCGGUCGACCAAAGAGGCUGUUUAUAUUUGUGAAUCCAUUUGGGGGAAACAAAUCUGCAACAAAGGUUUUUCUUGAUGUAGUAAAACCGUUACUUGAAGAUGCUGAUAUACAAAUUACAGUGCAAGAAACCAAACAUCAGCUCCAUGCCAAGGAGGUUGCUAGCACCCUUGAUCUUACCAAAUAUGAUGGCAUUGUUUGUGUUAGCGGAGAUGGUAUCCUUGUUGAGGUGGUAAAUGGACUUUUAGCAAGAGAAGACUGGAGUGAUGCAAUAAAGGUGCCUCUUGGAAUGGUUCCUGCAGGUACAGGAAAUGGAAUGGUAAAGUCUCUUCUUGAUUCAGUUGGUGAACCUUGUAAACCAUCUAACGCCAUACUUGCAAUAAUACGAGGCCAUAAGUGUUCACUGGAUGUAGCUACUAUCUUACAGGGAGAAACCAAAUUUUUCAGUGUCCUGAUGCUUUCUUGGGGUUUGGUAGCAGAUGUUGACAUUGAGUCAGAAAAGUACAGGUGGAUGGGAAGUAUUCGGCUUGAUUUUUAUGCUCUGCAACGGAUAUUCCACCUCAGGCAUUAUAACGGGAGUAUUUCUUUUGUGCCUGGACCUGGCUUUGAAACUUAUGGAGAACCAACUAAUUAUAAUGCUGAAUUUGCUGGAAAACAGAAUAUUUGCAAUCCCAGCCAAGAACAGCCUGUUAAGGCACAACAACGUGGUUACCAGGGAUCAGAUGCUGACUUGAUCAGUCUGGAUUGGAGGACAAUCAGUGGGCCAUUUGUUUCAAUCUGGCUCCAUAAUGUACCUUGGGGUGGGGAGGAUAUCAUGGCAGCGCCUGAUGCAAAGUUCUCGGAUGGUUAUUUGGAUUUAAUACUCAUCAAGGAAUGCCCAAAAUUACCCUUGCUAAAAUUGAUGACCGAGAUGAGUAGUGGAGGUCACGUCAAAUCACCCUAUGUCAUAUACAUUAAGUUUGAUGCACAUUGCUUGGAUUAUGUUGAGAGUUGAUGUUUGUAAAUUUUGGAUUUAUCCUUAAAUGUUGGAAUGGAUAUAGGGACUGAGAAAUCCUUGUAUAUGAAUGUAUUCAUCUCGUGUUUUGCAACAAACGGCAGGUGAAAGCUUUCAUACUGGAACCUGGUCCUCGCGCUGAGGAUCCAACCAAGGGAGGGAUCAUAGAUGUAGAUGGUGAGGUACUUGCCAGAGGAAAUGGAUCAUAUAAGUGUGAAGAGAAGACUUUGAUGGUCUAUGACAAGCUUCAAAUAACAGUAGACAAAGGUUUAGCUACUCUAUUUUCUCCGGCAUGACAAAUCAAGAAGUUUCAUAUGUACUUGAUAUCAUAAUUUCAUUGGAUUUUACAAUUGGAAUGGAAGUUUCAUCACCUGUCAUUAUUAUUAUUAUUAUUUUAAAUGUAUAUAUUUUACAUGUAUAUAACCACAAAUGGGAAAAUAAUACAGCAAUGAAAAUGAGAUUGUAAAGGAAAUAGUAACAUUCUUUAACUGGUCGCUGGCUGCCUAGGGCCUAGGGCUUUAUAUGAAUCCAGGUUUGUUGAGUUGAGCUCA